AUGAACCACUCGCCGCUCAAGACCGCCCUGGCGUACGAAUGCUUCCAGAACCAGGACCACUCCACGCUGGCCCUGCCGUCGGACCAAAAGAUGAAGACAGGCACGUCGGGCAGGCAGCGCGUGCAGGAGCAGGUGAUGAUGACCUUCAAGCGGCAGAAGUCCAAGUCUUCCCAGUCGUCCACCCUGAGCCACUCCAACCGAGGUUCCAUGUAUGAUGGCUUGGCUGACAAUUACAACAACUAUGGGACCACCAGCCGGAGCAGCUACUACUCCAAGUUCCAGGCAGGGAAUGGCUCAUGGGGAUAUCCGAUCUACAACGGGACCCUCAAGCGAGAGCCUGACAACAGGCGCUUCAGCUCCUACAGCCAGAUGGAGAACUGGAGCCGGCACUACCCCCGGGGCAGCUAUAACACCACCGGCGCAGGCAGCGACAUCUGCUUCAUGCAGAAAAUCAAAGCGAGCCGCAGUGAGCCGGACCUCUACUGCGACCCACGGGGCACCCUGCGCAAGGGCACACUGGGCAGCAAGGGCCACAAGACCACCCAGAACCGCUAUAGCUUCUACAGCACCUGCAGUGGUCAGAAGGCAGUCAAGAAAUGCCCAGUGCGCCCACCCUCCUGUGCUUCCAAGCAGGACCCAGUGUGUGUCCCGCCCAUCUCCUGCAACAAGGACAUGUCCUUUGGCCACUCAAGGGCCAGCUCUAAGAUCUGCAGUGAGGACAUUGAGUGCAGUGGGCUGACCAUCCCCAAGGCUGUGCAAUAUCUGAGCUCUCAGGAUGAGAAGUACCAGGCCAUUGGGGCCUAUUACAUCCAGCACACCUGCUUCCAGGAUGAGUCUGCCAAGCAACAGGUCUAUCAGCUGGGAGGCAUCUGUAAGCUGGUGGACCUCCUCCGUAGCCCCAACCAGAACGUCCAGCAGGCCGCGGCGGGGGCCCUGCGCAACCUGGUGUUCAGGAGCACCACCAACAAGCUGGAGACCCGGAGGCAGAACGGGAUCCGUGAGGCCGUCAACCUCCUGAGGAGGACGGGGAGCACUGAGAUCCAGAAACAACUGACCGGGCUGCUCUGGAACCUGUCUUCCACCGACGAGUUGAAGGAGGAGCUCAUUGCCGAUGCCCUGCCUGUCCUGGCCGACCGUGUCAUCAUCCCCUUCUCCGGCUGGUGCGAUGGCAACAGCAACAUGACCCGGGAAGCGGUGGACCCUGAGGUGUUCUUCAAUGCCACAGGCUGCCUGAGGUGA